AUGCCGGCCCACAUCAGAACAUAUGAUGGGACGGAAGAUCCUGAAGACCAUCUUCAGAUCUUUAGCGGUGCCGCAAGAAUUGAGAAAUGGUCAAACGCUGAAUGUUGCUUGAUGUUCAUGCAAACCCUUGUGGGAUCAGCAAGAAUCUGGUUCAAUGAUUUACCUGCUCGAAGCAUUCGAAGCUUUGAUGAUCUUAGCAAGGGGUUCUUAGCCAACUUCUCCCAACAAAGGCGAUAUGUCAAAGAUGCUACAGUGAUUUUCCAGAUCAAGCAAAGAGAUGACGAAAUCCUUCGGGAAUUCAUAGAAAGAUACAAGAGGGAAGGCCUAACUUAUGUGGGAGCAGACGAGAAAAUGAGGGUGGCCGGUUUUAUGAACGCCAUAACAUCCAAAUACCUCACAAGGGAUUUCAACAAAUCCCUCCCCAAGACCUUGGAAGAGGCCCUUGAAAGGGCUAAGGCCCACAUUCGAGGAGAAGAGGCUGUGGAUAUCAAAGAACAAAGGAAGAGAGGAUCUAGCUGGCGAGGUAACAGCCCAGCUAGAAAGAGAGGAAACUUUAACUCCUAUGACAGACGCCAAAAGGUUUUAGAUUAUCGAAGGUCUGAAGGUCGCAACCCUUCCAACAGGGAAAAGGGCAUGAGUUUCACCCCUCUCACCAAGACUCCUCAAGAAAUCCUGGCAACCGAAGAGGUUAAGCAAAACUUUCGACCUCCUAGGCCUCUCCCCAAAAGCAGAAAGAAUGAAAACUCCACACAAUAUUGUGAAUUCCAUGAAGAAAAGAGUCACCAUACCAACGAUUGCUUCCAACUUAAGAAAAGAAUCGAAGAAGCUGUCAAGUCCGGAGAACUUGCUCACUUGGUAAAAGGAGUAAGGGACAAAAUGGCUGAAGGGAAAGGCAAGGAAGUCAAUAUGGUGAAUUUCGAUGGAAAGGUUCCGUACAAGAGGCAACGGUUGGAAGCUUGGGAGCUUCAGUGUGUUUGCUUUCCCCCAACAGAGAAAGACCCUCUUUCAAAUCCCCUCGUGGUAGAAGCAACCGUGGGAACAUUACAAACGAAUAGGGCAUGUAUAGACACUGGGGCAGCUACCGAGAUCAUGUUCGAAAAGUUCUUUAGUCGCUUGAGCAAUGAAGAACGUUCAAGGAUUCAACCCUCUGGGACCUCCAUAAAAGGUAUUGCCGAUAUACCCCUUAAGCCUUUAGGGCAACUGGCGCUCAAUGUUCGCUUCAGUGAAGGUCAAAAGGAAAGAACUCAACCACUUACCUUUGUGGUUAUCAAUAUUCCCUCAAACUACGAUGUGAUCAUUAGGAGGCCAGGACAGUGUGCGUUUUACAUGGCUGUGUCCAUCGGCCAUGGCACUGUCAAAUUUCCCACCGAAAGGGGAAUAGCAACCCUUCAACCUUCCCAGGAAGCCUACAUGGUUGAAGGUGAAAAUUCCAGAAGUGAAGAAGACAAGCAAAGGCUAAUCAUAAACCCUAAGUACCCUGAGCAAAGAAUAAGGGUCAAUCCAAGCCUCUCACAAGAAACCCUCUCAUAUCUCGAGAAGUUGUUAACACACUACAGCGAUGUCUUCGCUUGGUGUCCAGAGGAUAUGACAGGAAUUCCUCGGAACAUUGCCGAGUACGAGUUAAGGAUACCACCGAAUGUCAAACCCGUGGUUCAAAAGAAAAGAAGUUUGGCACCAGAAAGAAGUCUGGCUGCAUGCCAGGAGGUUGAGAAGCUUGUGUCAGCCGGCAUUCUCCGAGAGGUCAAGUACCAAUCAUGGGUUGCAAACCCGGUAAUGGUCAAGAAGUCAGACAACUCCUGGAGGAUGUGCAUAGAUUUCAAGGAUCCAAUAAAGCUUGCCCCAAUGAUUGCUAUCCAUUACCGGAAAUUGAUCUCAAGGUUGACUCCCUCACCGGCUAUCCUUUCAAAUGCUUUCUAG